UUUCCCCACCUGAAAACUCUGCUUUCCCACCAGUUCCCCAACAUUGUAGGGAGCAGGAGCUGAAAAAAUGGGAAAUAGAGCUGCAUGACUUUUCUUAGUAUUUAUCAAAAACCAUACUGUCCUGACAGACCAGCAUUUCAUUUGUCCUCACCUUCCCUUUCUGGCCACUUAUUUGCAAGCUACAGUCGUCAUGACACCUCACUCUUGCAGCAGAACACUUCACAUAAAAAAAGUAUUUCCAUGAAAUCAGCAACACUCACAGGUAAUGAUAAGUACAUCUAAUGCACACAAAAUUCUUCCUCAGACCCAUUCAAAUUCAGGCCAUGUCUUCCUUCUCUGAUGAAAUAAAGUACUUUGGCCAAAUUAUUUUAUUUUUUUACUUAUUUUUUUUUCCCAUGGCAUUGCCUUCAUUUAAAGAAACCAAUCAGCAUGACCUAUUUGAUGCCAAUGCACUGAGAUCACUUGCUGCAGCGCAAAACACAUAUAUGAACAAACACAGCGUCACUCAGUGGACAGUUGACAGUUAAUGUCAAACAGCGUGGUGUAGCGCUCUGGGCAGUAGUCUGGAUGCGGUACAGAUGAGAUUUAAAAAAUCACUAGCAGUGAUGUGUAUGGGGAUUGAAAAUACUCAGAAUGAAAGGAUCUGUCAGGUGAGACAGCAUUGCCAAUCAAGAAUCCAAGAUGGGCAAGUCAAAGACCAUUGUGCCUCAGAACUCGACAGACCGCACGCUGUUUGCCUUCAUGGUGGUUGGAAUCCCUUUCGGGGUGGUAUGGCUUGGGGGAGUAAUCAUGCCACAUUACCACCACACUGUUGACUCCACUGUGGUGAUGCACAUUGUUAGUGCCAUCUUCAUCCUCUACAACAUUAUCCAUAAUAUGUUGCUGGUGAUCAAGGUAGACGCCAGUGGCCGCACAUCAUACCUUCCAUCAGUCCUCAAACCAGGUUGGAGAUACUGUGCUAUAUGUCAGGUGAACUAUCCCCCAAGAUCUUACCAUUGCCAUGCUUGUGAUGAAUGCAUCCUCAAGAGAGACCAUCACUGCAAGUUUACAGGAUGCUGCAUAGGGUAUCACAACCAUCGAUACUUCUUGGUUGGAGUCUUUUACAUUUUCCUUGGAGCACUUUAUGGUACAUGCUACCAGUGGGACUAUGUGUAUAGCACCAUAAACCUGCCAUUGGUGUAUUUCUUUUUGACCCUCAUAGCUCCUCAUUUUGCCUUACUCUUUGGUGUCAUAAAUCUGUGGGGUGUCUUAGUGGCUGUUCUCCACACAUUGGGCCUCUGCACUCUCCUCAUGACUUUUUACCUCUUGGUCAUGCAGAUGAGAGCCAUCUGUCGUGGUCAGACCCAAUAUGAGAUGAAAUGUAACAUUAAUGAUUAUAAUUUAAGCCUCAAGCAAAAUGUAAUUGAUGUUUUAGGCAAAAGGUGGAAAAUAGCCUGGAUGUCUCCUUUUAUUAACUCUCCUCUUAGAGGUGAUGGUACUGUCUUUAGGAAGGCUAAUGACUAUGAACCUCCAAAAGAUAUUUAACCACAAAAGAGGUCAUGCUGUACUGUAAUGAACACUAGCCUGUUCAAAUGUUUAAAGAUUCUCAUGGGAUUGUGAUUUAAAGUAUGAAAUGAUGUAACAAAUAUGGAUUUAGAUUAAGUGGUAGUGACAUUGAGGUAUUGGUUGUUGAGUUGUGAAUAACUAGUUAAGAUUAUAUGUUAAUGUUGUGAGAAUACCAUGAAUAGUAAAUGUGCUCAAACUAAAUUGAUAGUAAUUGUGUGGUUUCUGAUGAAGUUGUUACUGUUAUUGUCUAGAAAAGAUAAGAAAGUUGUUUAUAGAUUAGACAUAAAGCCAAGAUCUUGCUUAUAGGAGAGUGGCUGAGACAAGACAUCACACCUUGUUUCAUUGUAGCUUUUAUGAUGCGCAGGGAAUCCAGUGGCAGUAUUCUUCCAAACCAGCAGAGGUGUGUGCAGUGUCUUGAGGGCCAGCAAAAAAUUUCAUCUUGUCUUGCUUCCUGUGCAUCAGCCAGUAUCUCAGCAUCUGGUGUUAUCUCAGGACUAGAGAGUAUUUCAAUGUCAGGUUUUCCUUCAGGGUUUAACAGUGCUCUCUUAUCUUAUACAAUUUUUUUUUAUUACCAAAUAUUUCAGUAUUGUGUGAAGUAUCAGUCUUCAAGAAUUAUGACUUCACUAUCAUCUUUUGGUUAUGACUGGUAAAUUGAGCAUAUUGCUUUUCAAGUACAUAUAUGUGACUAAUGAUUCACUGUUUGAGUUCAAGUUACAAUAUCCAUUAUAUUAACAGUGUUAACUUAUAGACAACAUUACUCACAAUACUACUAAAAGUGACAUUUUCUGUAGUUUAACCUGGCAGCACACUGCUGUCAUACUGAAAGAAUACUGCUAACUUAUUACCUGAACUUUGUAAAGAUGACCAAAAGAGACAGGAAAGGAACUAGGAACUCCUCUUCUGUAUUCUGGUAAUGAAAAUGUUUCAGCAAUCUUCCUCCUAGGGGCAUCUCAUCUCAUCUCAGAUAAACAAUGAUUACCUUAGGAAAAUGUGUUCAGGAGUCUUACCUAAUAGUGCCAGUAUCUUAUGCUUAAGCAUGUUGAUUGUGUAAAUGUGAGAUAUUUUUUUUUUUCAAUGUAUAUCACCUACAGUGUAUUUCAGUACUGUAUAACAUGAAUGGUUACCAUGAUGGCAUGCAUAAGACUUAAAUCAAACUACAUUUCCUAUUAAUAAUUAAGUUGUGGUAUCCUAGUAUAUAUGCAUGGCCUUCACAUGUUAAGUAUCUGUGAUAUUUUGUAGAUAGACAUCUGAGUGAGAUAUAUAUAUUGUGCUUCCAGGAAACAACUGUCAUCAUAUGUAAAAAUAUAGGUUACUUAAUACAAGAUUGUAUAUUGUACCAAAUACUGUUACUUUUGUAUUUUCUUUCAUCUUAAUUACAAGUUCAGUAGCUGCCUUAUUUCAUGUAUGAAAGUGAGUGAAUGUGAUAUUCACUAGUAGCAAAUGUUUCUUUCAGCAAACAUAGAAAAGACUGAUCAGGAAUCAGUAAAAUUUCAGGAUGCUUUAGAAAGAAAACAUUCUGGGUUUAAUGGACAUGAUAAAAAUAGGUAGAGAAUCAUCAUAUAGUGACUGAAUAUUUCCCUAAAAUCCUGAAACCAGUGGUCACAAUUUUUCCCAGAAAUAGUUGUUAAUCCACUGUAAGCACAACACAUUCACAAUUACAAUGAUGUAAAAAGAAUUAUUUUGUGAAGUACAAAAAAGAAAAGCUAAAUACAAACUAUAGUAUAUUAGUACAACUCAUUCUUUAAAAGAUGCAUAUGAAUGAAAAAAUAAAUAACUUAUCAAUGAUGCAGAUAUCCUGAACCUCUAGAACAGUAUUUGUAAAAUUUACAUUAUUACAAUUCUGUAAAAUGAACACAGUUCUAUGUAUUAUAUAACAUGGAGAUAUAUCAAUUGUAAAUAAAACUUUGUUAAUAAAACACAGUGAAUAUCAUAAA